GAGUCAAGGAUGAAUUUUACAGGUUACUAUUGUAAAAGUAUAGUGUUUAGAGGUUUGGAUUUUUUAGAGGGGUAAUCAUUAUUCAUAAAAAUUUAUAGUCUACUGUUGCAAUCAGUCUAACUAAUAAUGUCGUCAAUGCUUUAAACCCUCUAGAACUCCCUCUCUUGCAUGAGGGCGGCCGCCAUGCUCCCGCAGCGCCGCGUUCCAUGCUGCCGCAGAGACAGAGGUCGCCGGAGCCGGACCAUCUUCUCCCAAUCCCAACCCACCCCGUGCACCCAAACCAUACUACGCUUCCAACUCAGUUGCGACCUGCUGAAGGUCCACCGCACGGCGCCGGCCACCGCUUCCCGCCCCUGGAGCCGUCGCUUUACGCGGACCUCUUCCGGCGCGCGUCGCGGGGCCGGUUGCUGCCGCUGGCCAGGCUCACCCACUCCCACAUGAUCCGCGCGGGGUACCGGCCGGGUCUGUUCCUGAGCAACAACCUGCUGGCCGCCUACGUCCGCUGCGACGACACGCGGAGCGCCCGACUGCUGUUCGACGGCAUGCCGCGCCGGGACGUCGUCACCUGGAAUACGCUCAUCGCCGGAUACGCCACCCAGGGCUCCGCGAGCUUGGCGCUCGGCGCGUUUCGGGGCGCGCGGUGGGAUGGCUCUGUCGCUGUGGAUAGGUUCACCUACGCCGCAGUGCUGGCCGCGUGCGGUGGCGCCAGGGACUGGAGGAGCGGCCGUGUCACGCAUGGGCUGGCUGUGGUCAGCGGGCUUGCACGGACCGCGUUCGUGGCUAACUCGGUGAUUGACAUGUACGCCAAGUGCGGGAUGAUUGACGAGGUGAGGCUGGCGUUUGAUCGAGCCGAUGAGCGGGAUGAGGUUUCGUGGAACCUGCUCUUGUCCGCGUAUGUGCGGAUGGGGUGGCCAGAGGUUGCGGUCAGUGUGCUUGUCUGGAUGCACCGGUCAGGUGUGAAGCUCGAUGCUUUCGCCCUGGGUAGGAUCCUGAAGGCUUGUUCUGAGCUUGAAGAUUCAGAGGAUGUAAGGAGGAUGCUUCAUGGUUGUGUGAUUAAGGUCGGUUUGGACUUGGAUGUGUUUGUUGGAAGCACCAUGAUGGACAUGUAUGCAAAGAACGGCGGGUUGGAGGAGGCCAUCAAGGUGUUUGGUUGCAUUCCAUGCCAGAAUGUGGUAAUUUACAAUACCAUGAUAGCAGGAUUUGCUCGUUUAGGUAACGAUCCAUGUCCUGAGAUUAGAAUGGAAGCAAUCAGGAUUUAUUCAAACAUGCUCUGUAGGAGGAUAAGGCCGUCCAAAUUUACAUUCAAGAGCGUGCUUGAAGUGUGCAAUUUGAUCAAUGAGCCACGAUGUUGGAGGCAACUACAUGCCCAUGUUAUACUCUUUGGGUUCGAAGACGAUGAGUUCAUUGCAAAUGCACUGAUUAAUUUGUAUUCCAAAGUAUGUCUAGUUGAUGAUAGUCUGAGAUGCUUCCAUAGGACUCCCAAACAAGAGAUUUUUACAUGGACUUCUAUGAUUAGAGCAUUUGUGCACAAUGAACAUUCUGAUAAGGCACUACACUUUUUCAGAGAGCUUCGUUAUACAGGAGUGGAGCCUGACCAAUUCACCAUUUCAUGUGUGAUGAAUGCCUGUGCUGAUCUAAGUAUGCCAAUAGCAUGUGAACAGAUACACUGUUAUGCAGUCAAAUCUGGAUUUGAUCGGUUUACUCUAUGCGGCAAUUCACAGAUCGAGAUGUAUAGGGGUACAGGUGAUCUUAAGGCUGCAAAAAAGUCAUUUGAGAGAAUACCAUCCCUGGAUACUUUCUCAUGGUCUCAAAUGAUCUUGAGCUAUGCAGUGCAUGGCCAUGGAAGAGAGGCUCUACUGCUAUUUAAGAAAAUGAGGGAUUGUGGUGUCAUGAUAAAUGAGUUUGCAUUUCUUGCUGUUCUUGUUGCUUGUAGCCAUGAGGGACUGAUAGAUGAAGGUUUCAGGAAUUAUGACAGCAUGGUAUCACAUUACAGCUUUGUCCCGGACAUGAAGCAUAUAGCAUGCAUGGUUGACCUCCUAGGUCAUGUUGGGAAGGUGGCUGAUGCUGAAGAUUUCAUAAAAAGUUAUGGAUUAGAAAAUAAUGCAGUACUUUGGCAUACACUGUUGCGUGCCUGCAGAAUCCAUGGGGACAAAGAUAGAGGUAUAAAAACAGGAGAAAAACUAAUGAUGCUUGAGCCUUUUACUGCAAGUUCCUAUGUCAUGCUGUACAACUUGUACAUGGAUGCUGGGAAAAUUUCACUUGCUAUGAGGACAAGAGGCCAGAUGAGAGAGCGAGGAAUGACUAAGGAGUCUGGGAUAAGUUGGGCAGAAUUUAGAGGAUCUGUCCAUCAUUUUGUUGACGGAGAUAACUCUUGCUCACAGAAAGAUGCAAGUUUUACAAGAUUGGAAGAGUUGUUGGUGAGGGUGAAACAGAAGACUGAACAAGGCAGCAUGAAUGUUUGGGAGGUAGGAUUCAAAAGCGGAAAGGUCAGUGAGAAUGCAAUCGACAAACAUGGUGAAUUGUUGGCAGUGGCUCUUGGAUUGUCUACUUUGCCAAACACUGCUCCUGUAAAAGUUAUGAAGAAUCAGAAGAUGUCCUGGGAAAGCCAUGAGACACUGAAGUUGCUAUCCGAAAGAGAAAACAGGGAAAUAAUUGUCAGAGAUCCAACUCGCUUUCAUCAUUUUAGUCAAGGUUCAUGCUCUUGCCUAGGCUACUGGUAGUCAGAAGCCAUAUAUGUCUACUCUGGAGUAAUAUUCUAAGUGUCACUGGAACAGCUUGACCAUUCUUACAGGUGAAGUUUGCAACUAGCAGCUGACAUUUAGUGGAACCCUACAUACAUGCAAUACAGGUGGUGCUCACUACUAUCCUGACCUAUCCUAUGGUUGCCAUGGUUUUACCAAAUGGGUUUCAAAGCCAUUGAUAAGAAAAGAUGGGGCUUCUUGUGGAAGGGCGCGGAGAAGGCUUAUGGGGGUAACUGUCUAGUCUCUUGGGAAAAGGUUCAACGCCCUAUUCAGCUGAUGAGGAACGUCUUUGGGCAGGUUUACCGGAGCAAGUCCCAUGUAUUACCCAAACAUUCCAUGUGCAUGCUCCCAACCUGAUCAAGGUCAUUCCCAAGAGAGCCUUGAAACAACGUAUGAUGGUACAAGCUUUACAGAACAGAAGUUGGGUGGCUAAAAUCAAGGGGGCCUUGCCAAUUGAAGUCUUGUUGGAAUACUUGCAACUGUGAAUCUGGAAAUCUUGCCCCCCCCCCCCCCCCCCCCCCCCCCCCGGCAAUCAAGGAUCAAUGCCUGGCUGACUGCCUUGCAAGGUUUGGACACCUAUCUUUUCUGUGAUGGGAUUGCUUCCUUUUACACAACCAGGAGACUCCCAUUUUAGUAGCUGAUGGAUCAAGACAAUGAAGGCAGGUUCAACAGAGGAAAUUCGAGAAUCAGUGAUUGAACCAGAAGAGAAAGACUCUUGGAGUUAUAUUUGGGGGAAUAGCACCUACUCGUCAGCUAAACUUUACCACUACACUUUCAAAAAUGUGAAUCCUCCAAAACCCUUUCUCUGGAUCUGGGAGUCCAGAUGUUCAAACAAGCUUAAAGUCUUCACCUGGUUGCUGUUGAUGGACAGGUUGAACACCAGAAACAUCUUAAAGAGAAAGAACUUCAAGGUUCAAGGCGACAACUACAUAUGUGUUCUUUGUCAACUUCAAAGAGAAGAAACUGCCUUCCAUUUUUUCUUCAAUUGCCCUUUCAGCCAGGACUAUUGGAGACAUCUGAAUAUUCAGUGGAACUACCAGAUUGACUUCUUUGCAACCUUUCAACAAGCUAGGGACUUGCACGGUUCACCAUUCUUUAUGGAGGUCUUUAUCAUAGUAGCUUGGCAAAUCUGGAAGCAAAGAAACAAUUUUAUCUUUGACAGGGGACGACUAUCUUUCCUUGGCUGGAAUAAAGAAUUCUGCGCCGAAGCCCUUCUGCAAGCUAACCGCUUUUCUGAAGAGAAAUCAACUCUUUUCUCCUCAUUUGUAAAUUCCUAUAGAUAGCAGAUAUUUCAUUUCCGUGUGCCUAGUUAGUUUACUUCUGGUUUAUGUCUUGGGAGCGACUGCUCAUGCUCUUUGUCCACUUUCUUCUUUAUAUUAAUAAAUAUCUACCACAACAGGGGAAGCCCCGAUGUACAUUUUCAAAAAAAAAUCAACAUUUGUAUCUCCUGAUAGAUUUACAAUAGAGAUAUCUAAUGAUACUUAUUUAAUA